GGGAUCUGCAAGGAAACCGAGGGAGACAGGCACACUCAAGCAGGCUAGGAUAUAACAGAGAGCGUGCGUCUUGAGUGCCGCCCCUGUUUUCCAUUCCCCGCUGGCAUCUGCCGCUCUCUCUACAGCUUGAGAGCAAAAUUGAAAGCAAAAAGGCGCUGGGAGAGACCAGCGUGCAGGCUGCACAUCUGGGCCAGUCAGCGAAGCUCUGGUUUUGCAGCGGCCAAUAACGAGGGUGCUGGUGAAAUCUGACUCUCUCCUUCUGGGCCGGAAAAUCUCCCAGUCGCAGCCAAUCGAGGUGCCGCUGGCAGCAGCUGGGGGAAGAGCUGCUGCGCCGGGAGAAGGGGGGGAUCGCAGCGCAAUGGAGACCCAGAAGACGCGGGCUGCGGCUGUGCCCGGGGGCGCUUGCUAGAUUACUAUCUCUGAUGGAGCUAUGCCAUCAGUUGGGAUGAAGCCGGCCAGUGCAUCAUGCCAUCAUGUGUUCCCAGCAGACCUUCCGCCGAGAGACCCGUUUGUUACGAUGAACCGCACAGCGAGUGCAAGAAGGCACCUGACUAUCUGCGUAGCUUGUUGUCACUGACCGUUGAGUACUUGGGCAUGGAGUCUGUUGUUGUGGUGACAGAGUAUGAUUCAACUGGUGCCCCAGUUACAUCUCCACAUUCUUCUCCUCGGUUGCCCCGGAGGCCGACAGUGGAAUCAAAUAAAGUUUCUAUUACUGGUUUUCAGGACUGUGUGCAGCUUAAUCAAUAUAAAUUGAAAGAUGAAAUCGGAAAGGGCUCCUAUGGGGUUGUGAAGCUCGCGUACAAUGAAGAUGACAACACCUACUAUGCAAUGAAAGUUCUUUCCAAAAAGAAGCUCAUGAGACAAGCAGGGUUUCCACGCCGCCCACCUCCUCGAGGUGCCAAAGCCACAUCCGAAGGCUGCUUGGAACCAAAAGGGCCUAUUGAACAGGUGCACCAAGAGAUCGCCAUCUUGAAAAAGCUGGACCAUCCUAAUGUAGUGAAACUGGUGGAGGUGCUAGAUGACCCCAGCGAGGACCAUCUGUACAUGGUGUUUGAACUGGUAAAACAAGGGCCUGUGAUGGAAGUCCCUGCCAUGAAACCUCUCACUGAAGAUCAGGCUCGGUUCUACUUUCAGGAUCUGAUCAAAGGCAUCGAAUACUUGCACUAUCAAAAGAUUAUCCACCGGGAUAUUAAACCUUCCAACCUUCUAGUUGGGGAAGAUGGUCACAUCAAAAUCGCUGACUUUGGAGUGAGCAAUGAGUUCAAAGGAACCGAUGCCCUCCUGACCAACACUGUGGGCACCCCUGCAUUCAUGGCCCCGGAAACCCUCUCAGAAACAAGAAAAAUCUUUUCUGGCAAGGCUUUGGAUGUAUGGGCCAUGGGAAUCACGCUCUUCUGUUUUGUGUUUGGACAGUGUCCUUUUAUGGAUGAGAGGAUUCUAAGUUUACACAGUAAAAUCAAGACCCAACCCCUGGAAUUCCCAGAUCAGCCAGACAUUACCGAGGAUUUCAAGGAUCUGAUCAUGCGGAUGCUGGAUAAGAACCCUGAAUCCAGGAUUUCAGUCCCGGAAAUCAAGUUGCACCCGUGGGUCACUAAGAACGGAGCGGAGCCGCUGCCAACGGAGGAUGAGAACUGCACGCUCAUCGAGGUGACCGAAGAAGAAGUCGAGAACUCGGUCAAACACAUCCCAAGUCUGGCCACAGUGAUCUUGGUUAAAACGAUGAUCAGGAAACGAUCUUUCGGGAAUCCAUUUGAGGGGAGCAGGAGAGAAGAACGAUCGCUAUGUGCCCCAGGGAACCUACUGAUCAGGAAGCAAGGCAGCGAAGAUAACCUGAAGUGCAAUGACCUGCCAAAUGUGGGAGGAGAUGAAGUUCUUUCAUGAAAUCCAACAUUAUGGUUAUGAUGGGCAACUUGGUCUAUGGCUCCCUUUAUACAAUGUGCAUCUGAGGAUAAGAGGUGUAACAGAGCCUAAGCCAAAUACACACAGCAUGACAUGGCACUAGUACAGCAUUAUACGCUGCAUGUAGCGCUUACAUAGCAGCAUGUUGUAAGAAACCAGAUUACAGUACUUGUCAUAAAUAUUGAACAUCUCUGAUUGUUAAAUACAUAAAUGGACUGCUUAAUUUAUUGCUGGAAACAUGUUGGCAGAGAUCAGAAGGGUGAGAUGAUGUGAGAGGGGCAGUGGUGGUGAUUUGCAAAAAGCAAACAAAGAUGCAGUUGGAAAUGGCUUUUAAGUGGUUUUCAUGCCAAAUAUUUCACAGAGACUGAUGCUACAAGGUAUUGUACGAGGUAGAUAGGCAGGCAUGUGAAGUGUGAAGCUUCGUACACUGCUGUAAAAACCACAAUGAUGUACUUUGAGAGUUCACAACCUACUAGAAAUGCUGUUGCAUCUAUUUUUUAUUGUUUUUCUAACUGACACAUUUUAAUUGCACGGAAGCAAAGUAAAAACCACCACAUCACCUUUUUCAACAAUGCCUGUCUUUUUGAGCAAAGUUUGAACAGUUUGAAUAAAUAGCAUCUUCAGGUAGUUCAUAAACUAAUGUUAAUUACUGUGUUUUGAAGCCACCAUUUUUCCUAAAAUCUUGACAUUAGCAUGGAUAGAUGUGCACUAGCUGGGCCAAGUAUUCAGGGUACAGAUGGAAAAUGUAUCUAAGGGCUUGAAGUUUGGUCUGAACUCUUACAGCAAUGGGCGUUUUGUGUUAGAAUAUGAGUUAAAACCUGUAUUGCUGGGGGAAGCUGAACUCCUAUUUUGAAUGGCAAAAGAAGCACUAAUGUUUCUAAAUCUUUUACUUGAGCUCGGUAGAUAUAUAGUUACAUGUUAAAUUCAGGGUAAAAUCCUUCACUUCCAUGUACAUUACAUGGUUUAAUACAAUUUAAAAAAACGAUUUGUGUUAUUUGUAAGUAUCUAAAUAGACUUAGGGCUCAUUUAGGAUUUAAGAUUUUAUUGAAAUAUUUAGAUUAGCUGGUAACUUUCAAAGAAGCAUUUUUUUUUUCAAACUCUUAAUUUGGAUUUUGGGGCUAGAUAUUUCUGCAAACUAGUAGCCAAUAGUUUGUAAAUCCCUGUGGAUCAGAGGCUAGUUAGCAGACUUCAGUAAUUUAAAUGUACAUCUAGUUUACGGAUUACUCCUUACUAAGAGCAUUUUCAUCAUCCCUGAGAUUGCUUCGGAAUGAUUUUGUGGUGCCGUUAGAUUCUAACAGCAAGUGGUGGGAUUCUGGCUUCUACAUUAGAUUUUCAGAUAAUGCAUGCUCUGUUAGUAUCUAGAGCAGAAUAACUGAUGUAAUCAUUAAUGUAGAUGAGUGGGGAUGAGAUUCUCCAUGUGAUUGGGGAAGGGUCAAAAUAGGUGGGAUAGUCUUGUGGAUAAAGCAUGGCACUGAAAGGUAGGAGAGCUGAUUCUUUUCUCAGCUCUCCCACUGACUUGGUGUGGGGCCUUGGGCAAGUCACUUAAUCUGCUUGUGCAAUUGGGAGAAUGAAACUUCUCUACCAUGUAAGGGGCUUAUGAGGUUGAAUUCUUUAUCCUGCAUGGAAGGCACUAUAGAAGUGUCAAGUAUUAUUUUGAUUUGCCCAAUCUCUACUCUACAGCUGGCUUAUUGGGCCAGAGCCAUUAUGAGGUGGUUGUGUUCUUGCCUUCCUCUGAAGCAUCAGUUAGUGGACACUGCAAGAGUCAGGAUGUGUUGGUGCUACAUUCUGACCUGGUACAGCAAAUCCCAUCACCCUAGAAAUGACAGACCUUUAUUUAAGAGUUAGGAAGUUAAUUUGGUAAUUAGCAAGAAAAGUCCACUCAUGCAAGUUCCCUUUAGCAUAAUAGCCUGUAUAGUUGGCAAAGCCUUUUGGCUCCCAAUAAUCCAAGAUUCCCUGUAUUCCCAAAUUGGUACUGGAAUGGUACAGUCAUCUUCUUUCCAAAGCUGAUGACAUGAUUCAUAUAAGAACCACAACUUCAGUAAAUGUUUUAGGAGCAGAAAUAAUGACUCCGCAGCGAAAAGGACACUCAGUUCUUCCUAUUGCUUAAUUUGAAGCUGUGAACUGCUAUUGAUUGCUCUGUGUUUUUGCUUUUUAAUACCAAGAGGAAUACCAAAGUAAACUCAAGCUUCAAAAUUUCUCCUUCCUCUUUUCCCCAAUUUUAUUUCCUUUGUGGAAAUACAGAUCUGAUAAAGAGCUGCCAGUUGGUUUCCUGCACUUGUAAAUGGGUUUUUGUUUUGCAAAAAAUUCAUCUAAACGCUUAAAAGAAAAUUCUCUUUAAUUGUUCUUGCUGAGUAGUUUGUGUAUCAUGUUUUUGUUUAAGGUCUGUGAGCAGUAUGGAGAUAUAGUGUUGAAUUUUUCCACUUACAUUAAUGAUUUGGUACAUGCCAUUUGAUAUAAUUAAAGCUUAAUUUACAAAACAGGGGCCAUCAGGGGCUUGAGAAUGCAGGGAUUAAUGCAUCUACUAAAACAAGCUCAGGUCUUCUGUAUCUAUCCGCAUAGUAUCUAGGCACCAGAGAUUAGCUGUAGAACAGUUUAUGGACAUUGACCGUUGACUCCUAAGCAUCCAAAACCUAAGAGCUUCUUCAAGCAAACUCCCCAAGGAAUUUAUUUUCCUGCUACACCCAGCUCCAUGUCUGAGUAACAGGCUCCAGCCUGACAUUUCUGAAUUAAGCUCUUUGUUUUAUGUGGGCUUCCUUGUCAAUAUAUAAAGCGUACAAAGCGUGAGGAAGAUCUGUUAUCUAAAUGCAUGAGCCGUUAGAGAAAUUAUAUAUACAAACCUGUUCAGUUUUGUACCUACUGUCUUUUACUAGUCAAGCUACCUUUUUUGUAGUGAAGUAAACCUUUUACCUGUGCCUUUGAACUGGGCUGUGGCUAGUUUUCCCCUUGAAACUCCUUUAAAAACAAAACAAAAAAAACCCCCCAACACUGGCCAUAAAUUGUUGCUGACUGAGGAGCCACAUGGCUCUGAAAUUGCAGUAGUAAAGCUGCUCUUGGUUGGUGGUUCCCUAUUAUCUAUUGAAUAAGGAAUCUGGUGUUUCAAAGUCCUGUGAUAUUGCUGACUUUUAUACUGUUGUUUAAUGCCUACGGCUUGUUUUAUUCCUAUCCCUACCUACUAUGCAUUUUACUUCCUUGUGUAUAAAGUUUAAAUACUGUGUAUUUAUCACUUAAAUUAUAUUAACUAAUAAAAAAUGUAGGUGUUUUUCCA